UGAACUCGGCAAGGGUCUCAUUUGCUCACUCUCAAGAUGGGCUGCGUCCAAGGCGCUGAGGUCGCACGACCAGAUCCUCCAGUCCGGGGACCUGCUAGUGAUCCAGGUGCAGGUUCCAGCACCGUCGUCCGAAAGCCUCCUCCCCCUGCUGUGGACGUGAAUAGUAUCGUCGUACCGGAAGGAUUCAUCCAUCCUCGAAGUCUGGCACGCUUUGAUCCCUUUCAGGAGGAGCAGCCAGAUUGGAGGUGGGAAAAGGACGAAGGACAAUGGAGAAGCUAUCCCUUGAAUGACUCCAUCGAGCUGGACCGGUACUGGCAAGUGUUUGCAAAGGCUGGCAACGAGGGUGGUGAAACGAAAGCAAAGCUGAAGCUUCUCAAGACUGACGUGGUGGUGGACUUUGCAGGAAUGACUGCGCAGGCAGACCAGGGGCGCCCUCGAAAGAUUGAAAGGAAGCUGAAAACCCCAGACUGGCUUAGCAACCGCUAUUUCUUUGAUGCGUUCACCGAAACCCUAACCAAGGCAGGCAUAAAGGUCGAGACUGCCCCUGAGCAAAUGUUCGAUUUUCGCUACGUACAGGACUUCCGUGAUACCAAAGAUGAUGGGCGGAAGAUGUUCCGAGGCGGAAGAGAGUACUUCUUGCCGGUUGGCUGGAAGCGCUUUGCAGUGCAGGUAAAAGGUGUCUACGACGAAGGUGACAAUGCAUGGUUGCGUGAGGACGAGAGCGGCUGGGCAGUGGCCUACCACGGAACCUCAAAAGAAGGACUUGGUGGCAUCCUGUGCACAGGUUUCAGAGUUGGCGAGCGGCAAAAGUUUGAAGCAGCAGCAGGUGCUGGUGUCUACUGUACACCUCGCAUUGAUGUGGCACAGCACUAUUCGAAGCCAACGCUGCUACGAGGGCACAGCGUCCAAAUUGUGCUGCAACUGCGGGUUCGGCCUGGUGCCAUUAACCCCAUCACAGACCCGAGCGCACACGAAUUCGAGCGAAAGUAUUGGGUCAUCAACAAUCCUGACGACAUACGUGCUUACGGUGUGCUCAUCAGGGAGCUGCCACUGCGGGACUACAUUUUGCCUGAGGUGAUGGUUUACGGCCGAGACCACCCUGGGAUCCGUUGCCUGACCACAGAUGCUGGAAGAUUUUGAACUGUCGUGAAAUUGUGCUGACUUUGACUGCAAUGACUGGACUAUUGAAGGACAGUCAGGACAGUCGAAUAAUAUAUUGGGACUCUUAGACUUAGACAGUAGCAUUUCUCAGAAGCUCCCUAGGUGCCAAGAUCGACGAACUUGAGGAAGAGAUUCGCCAGCAGGGGGGAUGACGCGGUGUGGCUGCGAUUAGAUUGGCCAAAGUGCCUGAAGCUCCGAAGCCGAAGACUGGGACCUUCACGGAACAAUUGGAUGGUUGGAUCGGGAGCUUGUCGAGCCAAAGCUUUAUGGGAAAC